AUGAGGUUCAAAUUCCCUCUCAUGGCCAUUGGCCUGGAGGUUGCCAUCAUUGUUUUAUUUGGAUUAUUUGUUCAGUAUGAAACUGAUCGGAAUAGUUUCCAACAGCUCAACAUCACCAAGACAACAGACAUGGAGAGAUUCACUGAGUUAUAUCCUCUAUUCCAAGAUGUGCAUGUUAUGAUAUUUGUUGGGUUUGGCUUCCUGAUGACCUUCCUGAAGAAGUAUGGCUUCAGCGGUGUGGGUUUCAAUUUCUUCAUUGCUGCUCUGGGCCUCCAAUGGGGCGCUAUUGCACAGGGGAUCCUGCACAGCCAUGGACAGAAAUUUCACAUUGGAAUCAAAAACAUGAUAAAUGCAGACUUCAGUACAGCCACAGUUCUGAUUUCUUUUGGAGCUGUCCUGGGAAAAACGAGUCCAAUUCAAAUGCUGAUUAUGACAAUUAUAGAAAUUGCUGUCUUUGCUGGCAACGAAUAUCUGGUUGCUGAGAUCUUUAAGGCCUCUGAUAUUGGAGCCUCAAUGACGAUCCAUGCCUUUGGGGCCUACUUUGGCUUGGCUGUGGCACUCAUCUUGUAUCGACCUGGCCUGAGAGGAGGUCAUAACAAUGAAGAGUCUGUGUACCACUCAGAUUUGUUUGCAAUGAUUGGGACUCUUUUUCUGUGGCUGUUUUGGCCCAGCUUUAAUUCUGCUAUUGCUGAAUCUGGAGACAAACGGUACAGGGCCAUCGUAAACACGUACUUCUCUCUCGCCGCCUGCGUCAUCACAGUGUAUGCAUCCUCCAGCCUUGCCAAGCACCGAGGCAAGCUGGAUAUGGUUCACAUUCAGAAUGCAACCCUUGCUGGAGGAGUUGCUGUGGGCACUUGUGCAGACAUGGAGAUUCACCCAUUUGGUUCUAUGAUCAUUGGGGGCCUUGCAGGAGUUGUCUCCGUGUUUGGGUACAAGUUCCUGACUCCACUUUUUGCUACUAAACUGAGGAUCCAAGAUACAUGUGGGGUCCAUAACCUGCAUGGUUUACCUGGCGUGUUGGGAGGCCUUGCGAGCAUUGUGGCAAUAGCUAUGGGAGCAUCUGACACGUCUACCAUGGUCAUACAGGCAGCUGCACUGGGUUCUUCCAUCGGAACAGCAGUUGUUGGAGGUCUGGUUACAGGUUUAAUUCUAAAGUUACCUAUCUGGGGACAGCCGCUUGACCAGAACUGCUAUGAUGAUUCUGUUUAUUGGGAGGUUCCUAGAUGGAGAGAGCAUGACCAUCACUUCCAUGAACAUGGUGACCACAACCAGCUGGAACCUGAAGUCUAA